AUGCCAUCCAACAUCCAUAGCAGUCCGCAGGCACAAUUCCCUGUCGAAGUGCGACUGGAAUUUAGAUCUGCACGAAGGAAACGCCGCCUCGCACCCUUCCUCCUGGACAAGAUCCGGGACUUCUAUGAAGAUAAUGAUCAAGGUCUUCUACCUACUACGGGGGUGAUCCAACACAUUCGUUUGAAAGAUUACGAGGAGCUUGAGCGCCUUCUUGGUGAGGAUCCAGGCCUGGAGCGCUACGCCGUUCGGACUCUGAAGCUCGCGUACAGCCCGAGCAGCUCAAAGCUCCUGUAUGCCAUGACCGGAGAAGUGCAUGCAAGCGUUAGGAUCGGAGUUGCGGGGAGCAUUAACCGUCAGCUCCAUGACAUCAGAGCUAAAUAUCCAUUGCCGUUGCAAGACGGCCACGCUCAAGAGACUCUUGUGGAUCAAAUCCUCAGCUGCGGCUCAAUGGAUAUUCUGAACGGCGGAUCUACGGGAAAGAAAGAGCCGGAUGGAAAUUGGGUUUUCACCGGUAAUGAAUUAAGAGCAUCGUGCUGCUUCCUGGAGGUUACACAUGCUCGGCCUUACACGGAUAUCAGGCAGCUCGCCCUUGAUCUUUUGAAAUCAACUUUAGGACGUCCUGGAAUGGCCAUUAUCAUCUGGUUCCAGCACAACCACGCCGGAAAAAAGGACAUUAAAAGCAACCCCGAAGCAAGGAGCGUUGACAAAACCGCGACCUUUACGCUCUUCAAAGUGGGGCAAAGGAUGGAAAACGGGUCCUUGAGAACCGGGAUCCUUGAUCCUUAUUCCGAGCGGAUCAUCCGUGACAGAGGAGGGAGCGCGAGCGAUGAGGUAUUCUCGUUCACCAUAGAGGACAUGUUGGGAUUGGCCAACAAACGAGUCUACGAAGCCCUCCGCAAUUCCACGGAUCCCGUCGUUGCACGGACCACCACGAACAUUCUGGCUGAAAAGAUUGAACUGUCAUCGGCCGAUAUCACUGCCAUGUUCGAGACAGGCGAGGAGUUGGAAAAGCACGCCAUCAUCAGAGCGAGCGAGGGAUUCCAGAGGACGCCAAAUGAUUAUCUCGAUGGUCUCUGGUUCAAGUUUCCACGCAAAUCACAAACUAGGGAGCCGCCUGAGGGGUCAGACUCUGUCUAA